AGGUGUCGUUCGUCAGCGUUGAGCUGCAGAAGCUGCGCCGCCUGCCGCAGCGGUCCCGCCCCUCGGCUGCGUGGCUGGCCCGGCUGGCCGCUUCGGGCGGGCGCGCGCUGCAGGUGGCGCGCGUCGUGUCCAGGGGCCCCUGCGACGGGCUCGCCACGGAGGGCGACCUCGUCGCCACCGUCUCCGGCGAGGUGGUGACCACCAUGCAGGACCUGGAGGCCAAGCUCUGGGAGGCGACGGAGGCCGCGCUCGGCGUCGGCGGGCCGCCUGGCCCGGUCGAGGUCCAGCUGACUCUGCUAAGGCGCGGCAAGGAGCACACCGUGAAGGCGGCGGUGGAGCUCCUGGGGUGCGACGGGGCGAGGCGGGUAGUCUGCUGGCACGGCCUGCUGCUCGAGGAGACACGCCGCGGUGCGUGCGCGAGCGCGGCGCCCG